AUGAGCAGUUCUCCACAAAAUGAGGCAGAGGCUCGCGAAAAAAUGCGCGAGCUGAUGUCACGUCCACCAUCAAGUCGACCAGCUGAUUUCGUGAACCCUCUUGAAAAGAUCGAGCAGUUGCUGACGUGUCCGAUUUGUCUCGAUCGCUACAAACAACCAAAAUUACUUCCUUGCCAACACACCUUCUGCUAUCCAUGUCUGGAAAGCUGUGCAGAUACUCUUCACCGAAAUCUGAAAUGUCCAGAAUGCAGGGCAGAACACAAUAUUCCAUACGACGGAGUCAAGGCUUUUCAGCCAAACUACACACUAACCGGGUUUCUCGAGAUUCAUCUGCAAGCCACUCCAGAAUCGUCGGCAGAAAUCGAAGAAUACAUUCACAGGUACAAUCUGGAGAGAUGCAAAAUAUGUGAUGAGAAAGCGGACUGUGAGCCAUGUGCACAUUGUGAUCGGAAGGCAUGCAAAGAGUGUCGACAGACUCAUAUGGAUAUGCUGAAAAGAGACAUGUCGAGACUGUUGAAUCAAGUGAAAAGACUUGCCAAUCGGAUUACGGAAGCGUCGGAUAAUUUAUCGAAAGGAAUUGACAUGAUGACUAUGAAUUGUGAAACUACGAAAGCUGAAGUCAAGGAGUAUUUUCACAGAUACCAACGAGAACUGAAAAAGAAAGAAGACAAUUUCUUGAUGGAAAUCGACACUUUCCAAGCCACCGAGAGCAGAACAAUGAGCAAUCUGCGAGAUGUUCUCGAAAUCGAGAGUUCCAACAUGAGCGAAGCAGUCUCAAGACUUGAUGCUGCAAUCAAGGGAGAAUGUUCGAUUGAUGAUGCUGACUUGGUUCGAAUGAAGAAUACAUUCACUGAAGGACUUGAGUAUCUAAGGAAUUUCCAGCCCGACGCAGAUGAGUUGUUCAAUCGAAAACUUCGCUUCUCAGCUGGAGACGAUGCUGCGAAACUACCAGCAGCUAUCGCUACUUCUGGUGAACUUUGUGUCUUGGUUCCUCAGUUUUCGGGAAGAUACCUCCCACUAGAACAAUCAUAUCUUCCUCGCCCAUUUCGUUUACCAUUGGAAAGUGACAGUUAUCGAGUGAAAGCAGACGAAAGAGCAAGCAUGAGAGAACGGGAAAACGAUCGAACUUCUUCUAGACACAGUCAUCGAAACCCUGAACCCGACGAAAGCUCGAUUCGUUAUCGACGACGUCAGCAAUUAGAGGAAGAAGCAUGGAAUAGACUUCGUAAUUCAUCAGCUGCUCCUUCUCUUCUCACCACAUCCACAAUCGUCACUUCGGAUACAUCUGCCUCUAGAACAUCGCCGUGGGCUGCCGAUCGUGUCUCACGAUCAGUUGAACCAACCAAGUCACGGCCAACAAGUCUCAUUGUUCCGAACACUGAAACUCCAAGAACAGUGUCACCAAUUGCCAGUAAGCCACCACUUCCACCAGCAGCCUCUUCAAUUGACCGAACCGAAGAUGCAUCACCAGCCCCUUUACCUCAACUUCCGAUCCGUAAACCUCCAUUGCCACGUCAGCAAUCAAGUAAUGACGAUUCUUUAAACGAGAAAGUGGAGACAAUCCGACGAGCUCAUCAACAACGCCAAGCAAGUCAAGCGGCGUCACGGGCUGUCUCCAGUGAAGAAUCAGAGGGAGAGGAUUUUCCCGUGAGCACGAACCGCGGUAGAAUACGAAUAGUGUGUCGUGCGGCGUCCGUCAACCGAGAAGACGGACUGAUGACAAUGAUUCCUGGAACUGGUACAAUUCUGCAUACCCAGUUACCACAAUCUGUCCAUUCUCAACCACUCACUAAUGGAACAACCACUACAACAACCACAACAACAACAACACCUUCAGGAGAACAAGUCGCGAUUCCAGUCACACAUUUCACAGGUGAGGAAGAUGAAAGCGACAUCGUCGUGCCUGCAUGGUUACAGCGUCGGAGGCAACGCUUCCAACGCUCUCGUACCAAUCCAGACCUGCAGGCACAGUUCACAAGUGCUCGAGUGCAGCAACUUCUCGCCGAACGUCAAUCUCGUUUAGACUCAUCUACAACGACAGACGAAGAGAAAGAGAAGUUGGCUGUAAUGAGACAACGUGGCAGAAGUGCGUCACGUGAAGCCGGUGAAUGGAGAGCACGUGGUCGGCCACGGGCGGUGUUCGGAAGAAAAGGUGCAAAAGAUGGGGAAUUGAAUUGGCCGAGGGGAAUAUGUGCUAUGGCAGGUGGUCUUGUUGCAACUUGUGAUUCGUCUAACCAUCGUGUAUGUGUGUUCGAUAAAGAUGGAAAGUUUGUCCGUCAAUUCGGAGGAUACGGAUCGGGUAGUGGUCAACUUGACUCUGCUGCUGGCCUGGCUAGCUCGAAACUUCGUAUUGUUGUGUCCGAUAGGUACAAUCAUCGGAUUUCUGUGUUCGGUUUAGAGGGUGAUCAUUUGUUUUCAUUCGGAGGACAUGGACAAGGAAAUGCCAAGUUCAAUAAUCCUUGGGGAGUGGCUGUGGAUGAUUUGGGAAGUAUCUAUGUUGCUGAUAAGGACAACCAUCGUGUUCAAGUCUUUGAUAAAAAUGGUCAGUUCAUUGCGAAGUUCGGAUCAUUCGGACACCUUCCUGGUCAACUUAACAGCCCACUCUUCAUUGCAGUUAGCAGAGUAACCCAUCACGUGUAUGUAUCCGAUUCGUCAAACCAUCGAAUCAGCGUAUUCGAUCCACAUGGUGUCCAUUUGUUCUCGUUUGGCGAAGAAGGUUUUCAUGGUGGACAAUUCAAAUUCCCACGUGGAAUUGCUAUAGAUUCGCAAGAAAACAUAAUAAUUGCCGAUUCUGGCAAUAACCGAAUUCAAAUCUUCGACGCUCAAGGUCAAUUCGUCUCCUCGUUCGGAACUUGGGGUGGAGGAGCAGGACAACUCAAAGGUGUUGAAGAUGUUUGUGUUACAGUCGACGGUUCAAUUGUUGUCACUGAUCGUGAGAAUCAUCGCAUUCAGAUCUUCUAA